AUGGAGCGCGAGCCUUGUCCCUUCCGUAUCGUGGAGGACGCGGGCGGAGGUUUUGUGCUGGGCGCCGUAUUCGGCUCCGGCUGGUACACAUUCAAGGGCGCGCGUAACUCGCCGUCCGGCCAGCGCUUCCGCGGUGCCAUCUACAACGCCAAGAUGCGCACACCGGUGUUGGCUGGUGGCUUCGCCGUCUGGGGUCUGCUCUUCUCCUCAUUCGACUGCUCCUUCGAAGCUCUGCGACGGAAGGAGGACCCGUGGAACUCCAUCCUGGCCGGCGCGGCCACAGGUGGCGCUCUGGCGGCCCGUGCAGGCCCGCGUGCCGCCGCGGGACAGGCUCUUAUUGGUGGCGUGCUGCUGGCUGCCAUCGAGGGCGUGAGCAUCAUGGUUAACGAGUGGUUCGCCCCGCAGCCCGACCAGGGCAUGGCCGGCGAUAUGAUGGGCAACCCGGAGCUGGACGAACAGAAGCUGGCGCCGCCGUCGUUCUAA